CAAUCUUUCACCUCGCCAUGUCGCAUAACGAGACCGCCCUUCCAAACCUGUAUGUGAACGAUGGCGAACUAGACUCCAAGACCACUGGCCUGCUCGAGCCACGUGCGGAAUCGGCCUGAAGCUUUCUGUUCCUUACAUGCUAUAUUCGUGGUUGAGGAACGCCACAUACCCAAGCUCUGAUGCGGGGCCUCGGUCACGCAGAGAUAGUGAUAUCAUGCGGUGGCAAGUGUCCUUUCCAUUGACUUCCUCUGAUUCAAAGCUAUAUAUCCAAAGCCCUUAUUGCCUCGUAACUGCAGAUCGAUAUUUUCUUAUGUCUAUGAUCCUGGCAUCAUCGUGAGGUUCUUCUCCUUAUUCUUGCUCCUCGGUGCUGCAAUGUGGUGCGUCCAGGCAAUUCAACCGCAGAAUGAUCAGGGUGGACCCGAACAUCCUGGAUCCAACUGGAGCUAUGGAGAGUGGCUUGAGGCCAAAGCACGAAAUGGCGCCACCUGGGUCACGGAAAACCCUGAAUAUAUCCUUAUCGGGGCGGCGAGCGGUGCAGUCGUUGUCGCACCAGGACUCAUCGCCACCCCUCUUCUCAACACUGCAGGCUUCACGUCUGCUGGUGUCAAAGCUGGUUCGCUCGCGGCGGGCAUACAAAGCGGGAUUGGGAAUGUUGUGGCCGGGAGCUGGUUUGCCACUGCGCAGAGUGCAGCCAUGGGGGGCUACGGCGGUCCAAUUUUGACUGGGAUUGUGCAGAUGGCUGGUUGUUCCAUGAGUGGAGCAUACACAGGUUGGGCUUGGAUUUGCAAGGAUAGGAGUGGCAAGGAUAUGGGUGAACAGUCAGGCCAAGGCAUGGGGGAGCCGGGGGAUAAGGGUGCAUUAAAUUAG